GGCACUGGGCGCAAGCGCAGAAGGGCGACGCCCAACUUAAACACCAAGAUAGCUGGUGUAGUCUUUGCUUUAGCCCGAAAGGCUUACCUGAUUUUUGCCUUGGCUCAGCAAAAUGAAAGAGAAGGAUUUGCGGAUGUAAACUAAGACAAAUUCAUUUUCAAUAUAGUUGACCUGUCCGUAUGCCAGAAAACCUUGAGAUCAUAGAACUAAGCAGUAGCUUCUGCCUCAACACGGACAUGGCACAAGAGAAAAUGGAACUAGGCGUGGAGCUGCUGCCAAGUUCAACCAUCACAGCCGACAUCCUGAGAAGAUCCAACAGCGCCCCUUUGAUCAUUGAGCUUGGUGAUAAUUCACUGGUGUUCCAACCCGACAGAUUAAGAACUAGAAGAAACAGUACAACAUUUAUGACACAACACUGUCUGGAAGAAGGCAUGGAUUUAAUAACUAAAGAAGCAAUGAAUGAAUGGGAGAUACAAACUACAAUACAGAUACAUCAGUCUUGGGAAGAAAAUGUGAACUUGGUGAAAUUAUAUUUGAAGAUCAGCCAAAGAGAUUUUUCCAAGGCAAAACCAAUGUGUUUUCUUCUGAUACUACCCAGCUGUCUGAUAUAAAUAUGUGGGAGAAGAGCUGGCUCAGUCAGAUGUAGAAUCUUCCCAGUCUGCUCAAGGCAUUACCAACCAAAUAAUUGCAUCCGAAACAUCAGAUCUGUUAAUUAAAAGAAAAGAAG